GUGGAACAGAUCGUAGCGGAAACAACGUCAUUCAGAUCGCAGCAGAACCUAACAAAAUAGAGGAGUUCCUUGAAGUCAGUCAAUAGCUGAGAUCUCGAGUUACCAACACCUGCCCGGCUCAGUCAGGGUGUCUUCUAUACAAUAGGAAAACAAACAGACAUUAAGUGCUUUUCCCUGUGCUGCACGGCGAGAAUAUUGCCGUUCUGUCGAGACGAGAAACAUCGUCAUAGUUCGCGGCGUGUGUGUUUAACCCGUUAUGUCAAUACGUAGAGCUUCAGACCGCAUAUCUCCAAUAUAUAUAACAUUAGACUACCGAUUUCAAUAGCUCUUUUGGUUGUAAUUUCUUAAUUAAAUAUUGCGUGAUUUGCUCGAAAAAUACAAAGGAAAGAAUGGAUAGCGAAACUACUAGUGAAGAGAAGAUAAGUUAAGCUUCACAAAUGGAACAGGAAGACAGUACAUCUGCGUAUAAGUUCACUUCCGGUGUAAGAGAAGUGUCGCGACGUUGAUGCAAGCACCGAAAUAAUGUGUGAAAUAUUUUCAAUCAUUCGAAUGUUAUGUCUGUCUGUUACUAAGCUAAUAAGCAAGUGAAAUAGUUGUCUUCGAUACCCGACACCGUGAACUGAUUUAAAUGGCCGAGUUGAUCCGUCAGUAUAGCUGGACACGUUUUGGAUCCAUCAUCAACAACCUUCCAAAAAAAGGAAAUGGAGAGAUACAAUGGUGUUUUUCUCAGGUAAAAGGAACAUCAGAUGACGAUGUAACCGAAGCUGAUAUUGUAUCCUGUGUUGAAUUCAACCACAAUGGAGAGCUACUUGCUACUGGAGAUAAAGGAGGAAGAGUUGUUAUUUUCCAGCGAGAUUCGGAGUCCAAACAGGCAUUACCAAGAAGGGGUGAAUACAGUGUCUACAGUACUUUCCAAAGUCAUGAGGCAGAAUUUGACUACCUAAAAAGCCUAGAGAUAGAAGAGAAAAUUAACAAGAUAAGAUGGCUUAAACGCAAAAAUCCUUCUCAUUUCCUGCUUUCAACAAAUGACAAAACCAUUAAGUUGUGGAAGGUCUCUGAAAGAGACAAGACGAUUGACGGGUACAACCUGAAAGAUGAAAAUGGGCAGGUAAAAGACCCAUCUUUCAUUACUACAUUGCAUGUGCCAGUGGUAAAACCCAUGGAACUGAUGGUGGAAGCGAGCCCCAGGAGAAUAUACGGAAACGCCCAUUCGUACCAUAUUAAUUCCAUUUCAGUAAACAGUGACCAAGAAACUUACCUCUCAGCUGAUGACUUGAGAAUUAAUUUGUGGCAUUUAGAAAUAACAGACCAGAGCUUCAAUAUCGUUGAUAUUAAACCAACAAAUAUGGAAGAGUUAACUGAAGUCAUCACUUCAGCAGAAUUCCACCCAUCUCAGUGUCAUACAUUUGUGUACAGCAGUAGUAAAGGAACUGUAAGACUGUGUGAUAUGAGAUCAUCAGCACUUUGUGACCACCAUUCAAAAUGUAAGCAUAUUAAUUAA